GGGGAUUUUCACUCUUUGCAUGUGCCAGCUUUGGGAGCGAUUUUGGGACAGAGGAACUAGGUGGGAUUCCCUGUUGUUUCAGGGGCUGCUGAAAAUGGAAGAUGUGGCUCUGACCGUCUCCCCUGGAUGGACAGAGCUGGCUUCAUCUCAGGUGAACUCGUACAGAGAUGAAAGGCAGGAGGACGGUGGCCCCCCGACCUCCCCGGGUGUUGAAAUACAGACUAAGAUCAGGGACUGGCCUCCUGAUGAGAAGCUUCCAGAAGAGGAGCCUGGGCAGUGCCACCUGGGUGAAGCCGCCGCCCAGAUCCCUGCUGGUGCAGAAGCUGGUGAGCAGCAGGGCAGGUUACACAGAAAGCAGAAAACCACCCCUGGGAGGAGGCGCCACAUUUGCCAUGAAUGUGGGAAGAGCUUUGCUCAGAGUUCAGGCCUGACGAAGCACAAGAGAAUCCACACCGGGGAGAAGCCCUAUGAGUGUGAGGACUGCGGCAAGUCCUUUAUUGGGAGCUCUGCUCUCAUCAUUCAUCAGAGAGUCCACACUGGGGAGAAACCCUAUGAGUGCGACGAAUGUGGGAAGGUCUUCAGUCACAGCUCAAACCUCAUCAAGCACCAGAGAACUCACACUGGGGAGAAGCCCUACGAGUGUGAUGAGUGUGGGAAGACCUUCAGCCAGAGCUGCAGCCUCCUUGAGCAUCACAGAAUCCACACUGGGGAGAAGCCAUACCAGUGCGACUUUUGUGGCAAAGCGUUUAGGCGGAAUUCCCAUCUCCUGAGACAUCGGCGGAUCCAUAGUGAUAAAAGCUUUCAGGAUGCAGAACACGGGCAGAGCUGGGAGAGUCAGGGCAAGCCGGAGAGCCGCGAGGGGGAUGUUGAGGCUCCCGAGUCUUAUCGAUGUGACGAGUGUGAGAGGAGUUUCACUAGGAGCAGAAGCCUCCUUGAGCAUCAAAAAGUCCACACCGGGGAGAAGCCCUAUCCGUGUGAUGCAUGUGGAAAAGGCUUCACCCGGACUUCAUACCUUGUUCAACAUCGGAGGAGCCACGUUGGGAAAACUAUUCUGUCUCGGUGACCCGUG